UACUGACACGCCCAUGUGGCACAGUACAAACCUCAUUGGCUACAGAAGCUCAGGAAGCAAAGCGUUGAUUGGUCUGAGGGUGGAAUGUGCCUUCCCGCCAGGCGUAUACUUCGAUUUGAUUGGCUGUUAACCUGCUUUCUGCUAGGGUCGACGCGGAAACAGGAAAUAGACAAAGUGUCUGCUGGUGAUGUUUCAACAGGAUAAUGACUCAUUAAUUUUUACUGAUCAAUAACCGAUGAUGUGAUUAUUUCACACAGCGAUGGAGCGAUGGAUCCCACAGGAGCUAACGAAGUUAGCAUAGCUUAUAAAGUGUUCACGUUUGAAGACAACAGCGCAGAGUGUCUGUCAGUGUCUGUACCUGAGCUGAGGUCAGUCCGUGCUCUCUCAGGUUCUGGAUCCACAGUAUGGCAUGUACGUGUGGCCGUGUGCGGUGGUGCUGGCUCAGUAUCUGUGGACCCACAGGGAGGAGCUGAAGGACAACACAGUGCUGGAGCUCGGUGCAGGUGUGAGUCUCCCAGGUGUGGUGGCCGCCAGGUGCGGUGCAAAGGUGAUCCUGUCGGACAGCGCCAGGACUCCGCUGUGUCUGGAGAACUGCAGGCGAAGCUGUGAUGCUAACAGCCUGCGUGAUGUGGUCGUGUUGGGUCUCACCUGGGGGGAGGUCUCCCCGGAUCUCGUUCUGCUUCCUAAACUGGACAUAAUCCUGGGAUCAGACGUUUUCUACGAGCCUCGAGAUUUCGAAGAUGUUCUCGUGACUGUUGCUUUUCUUCUGAGGAAAAAUCCCAGAGCACAGUUCUGGACCACGUACCAAGAGAGAAGCGCUGAUUGGUCGAUUGAACCGUUGCUCCGCAGAUGGAACAUGAACUGUGUUGACAUUCAGUUGGAAAACUUUGGUGCCGAUAAAUCUGAGCUGGCCGGAUCGACUCUGCCGGGCAGCCACAGUGUCCACAUGAUGAUCAUCACACUGAACACAAGGGGUUUGGACUGAAGAGGACAAAGUGUUUCCCAGAGGACGGUGAAAUAACGAGAUGAUCGUCUCUGUGCGUCUCCCAGUAGAACAGAGUCAAGAUUUAAUUUGCAGAUCCCAUUUAACAUGUUUAUCAAAAUGUGUUUUAAAAAUGAAUCCUGAUUAAAGUGUUUUGAAUCCCAA